GAGAGUCAGAGUGAGUGCCGAGAUACUGAGCUGUGAAGAGAGCCAUACCUACCCGGGAGUUGUAACCAGCGCGGAGGUGAGAGAAACCCUCGAAACCGAUUCACUGUGUCCUCGUGUCCCAGCUGGAGUCUGUGGAGAGAGAGAGAAUAGGGAAGGAGAGUGAGUCAACGAGCAAGGAGGUGUGGGAAAUAGGCGGCGAACCGCCGUGCGCUAAAUGAAGGUACACUGACAGGAAAAGUCCAUACCAACACUCAUUGUGAUUUAUUCUGCCUCCAGGAAGGAAGAGGAGCGCGCCACGGGCAGAGGGAACCAGAGGCGGGAGCCAGUUCCCCGACGCAAAACCCCCCCUUCCCUCUGGCAUUCAUUUGGCCGUGGCCCCCUGGAGGGCAGAUCCUGAUUUUAGUUUUUAAUUCCCCUUUCCCCAAGCCCCCGUAUAUUUUAACUAUUUAAACAAAUAAAGAAUAUUUUUAUACUUACCUGUACUCGUUGUUGUCUGGUCAUUGGGUUGGUUUUGGGGACCCCCUCGAGGUGGAAGUUUAGAAGGGGCGUGGCUUAAAUCCUAGCAGCCAGCCCCUGGCUUGUGACAAUAACACAUACAUAUACCCUGAUAAAAUUUGUCAUUCAUUUAAUGUUAAAAAAACAAGGAACACAUGCUGAAAAUUUGUAUUGUUUCAGUGACAGUGCUUCGUCCUUCCUGGAGAAUCUGUUCAGGGACUGGGUGCAGAAGGGCACUGUGAUCCGACUGGACAUCCGACACUGGCUGCACCGCUGGGAUGCUGUUGUCAUUAAACAGAGCCAUGCCAAGUAUGGGGUGUUCAUGAGUGCCCUUGCAGGUGCAGUGCUGGCCUACAACAAGAGCGAUAUGAUGCUCCUAAUCCAGGCAGUCAGGAAGGGCAACCAGGAGUUGUACGCCAAACUUUCAGACGAGGACAUGAUAGCCUUCCUUAAACCUCAUCAAAUCAGGUCCUAUGUAAGACGGAUCACCCGUGGCGUUGAGGAGACAGCUUCAGCAAUUGAGUCCUUCAUUACGGAGUUCAAGGGACCUGCAGGCCUGGACAUUGAUGGAAUCCACCUGUUCAAAUCAGCACAGGCAGUGGAUUCUCAUUGGGCAAUUGCAAGCAAGCAUCUAAGUUGUAUGCAGGACCCCCCUGGCAUACAGCUGUACGUGUCAGUGAAGGUUGUGGUGCUGAAUGGGGUCUCCCUGAAAAAGUACAGGUGUCGGCGAGGCAGUAACUCCUUGGAAGGCUUGCACUCACACCUGUACAAUGCCAUUCCCUCACAGAGAUGUGGAGUGUAUCUGAUUGCAUUUGCUGUGCAGUGGAACAACCGCAUGGAAUCACUCCGUGUUGCUGGUGGUCAUGGCAGGCAGACGUGGUGUACGGACCCGCAGCAGAUUCAGCGCAUGAAUUAG